AUGAUGCAACAAAAGCGUUAAGGUUCUAUGAUAAAUGCUCAAACUCGCCAAUCACGCAAUCAGACAAUGAAUUCUACUCCUACUGCUACCGAUAAACUCUGGUUCUAGGGUGAAUCAAUGACUAAGCUAAAAGCAAGAAUAAAAGUUGAUCGUGAUUUUCUGAAUAAUUCUGCCGAAAUGCCAAGGAUUAAAAUGCCCUCUCUUAAGAACACUAAUCUAAAAACUUAGUCUACUUUAAGAGGGAAAUCAUUGUCAAUCGAUGCGACCUAAUACUCUAAAAAGUAAUUUAGAAUAAUUGAGCCUGAGAUAGCAAAUAUCUUUAUCUCCUAGAAUGUGGAUUCUGUUAACCAUAUUUAACCUUAGAAGAACAUCAUUUCAGGAUCAUCAAGCAGAAAUAGACUCGAAGAUUUGAGCUAAAAUAUUACUAAUGAAAUUGAAGAUUAAAGAUUGCUAAUGCCUAGUGACAGAAACUUUUAUUUUGUCAAUAAGAGUGACGUAUCAAAUCAUCAGACGUUCAAGUUAAAUCUUAUUAAACCUUUUGAGAGAUCAAAAGUUAAAAUGUAUCUAUCAACCUCAAGAAACUCAGAUAAUCAAACAUAGCAGGUAAUGGAAAAAUUCAAAAAUAAAUUCCUUAGUCCAAUAGCCAAGAGCAGUCAGCUCUAAAAUAAUCAAAACAAAAAAGUUAUUGAUGUUAACAGAGAUCUCAUAGAAAAAUAUCAUUAAAAUUAGAGAAUCACCACUUGGAAAAAACAAGCAAAGCAUCUAAGACCACUAUAUUAAAGGCCAGAUUAGAUAAAAGAUCUUAUUCAAAAUGAGUAGAAUCAUAUUUCUUAGUAUGAAGUCUUAAAUUUAUCAAGAAACAUGGACAACUCCUCUUUUAAUACAGGAUAUAAUUUCAAUCCGAAUAACUCAUUUGGAAACUCUACAGAUAACUAAAUAGGCUAUUAUAAAACGCUCGGAAACAUUAAUGAAUAAUUAAUUAAGAAAAAGAGACUAAAAAGUUUGAUUGACAAAAAGAAUAAUUCUUUGGGUGAGGGAAAUUAAAUUGAGUCUUAAGAUGCCUAGCUCAAGAAAAAGGUUGAAGCUGGACUGCUAAAAAUGACUUAGGAUUUAGAGAAGAGUCUCAAUGAUUAGGAAGAAUUUAUAUUCAAGAAAGUUGACAAGUUGAAGAAUCCUUAGCAAAUUGACUCUCAACUAUUUGACAAGAUCAAAACUAUCAAGCACUAUCAAGGAUUUACGCAGCCUAAUUUUAGACCACUUAAUAUGGGAGAUAAGCUUGUUAUAUUUGGUUUGCUCGAUAAGGAUGAUAGUGAGGACCUCGCUAAGAUUAAAGAAAUUAUAAAGCAAAGGUAGGCUCAGUAACUAUAGGAUAAGAUCAGUGGAGGAUUUAUGAGAUUGCUACUAGACAAAGGCAAUCCUGUUAAAGGUGUAUCUUCAUUAAGAGCAGAGACAUCCAAUAACAAUCCAAAAUCAGACGGAAACACUAAUAGUGGUCCUCAAUCUCCAUAAAUAAAGAUAAACAUCUUAAAGAUGUUCGGAAAGCAAUAAUAACCUAUUGCGGUAGUUGAUUAAAAGAUCGAAAUGUUCAAAGUCAACUCAGCAGGUCAAUAGUGA